CACCAGGCAUCAGGUCAUUUGGCUCGACAGCGGGCACCGCGUCAUCUGGCAAGGCAGUGUGGGCUCCGAGUCAACAGGCACUGGACAGUGAGCACCGGUGGCAUCAGGUUACCGGAUUGUCUGGCUCGACAGGCGGGCAUCGGGUCACCAGGUAUGACAGCGGGCACUGGGUCACCAGGCAUCAGGUCCAUUUUGGCUGGCCAGCGGGCACCGCGUCAUCUGGCAAGGCUAGUGGGCACCGGGUCACCAGAUAUGACAGCGGGCUCUGAGUCAAUUGCCACGACAGUGGGCACUGGUGAUCAGGUACCGGAUCAUCUGGAUCAACAGCGGGAUCGAGUCAACUGGCCUAAUAGGAUCGUCGGGUCUGGAUCAGUUCAUCAUGCUGAGUAGCUAGGCAUCAGGCUGAAUGCAGGCAUCAGGUCUGAGGAGAGGCAUCGGCUGAAGAGAGGCCAUCCGGCUGAAGAGAGGCAUUCCGGCUGAAAGAGAGGCUUCCAGGCUGAGAGAGGUGCAUCAGGCCGAGUAGAGGCUUCAGGCUGAGUAGAGGCUUCAGGCCGAGU